AGGGGUGGGUCGGACGGGGAUGAGGAUGAUGGAAACACUCUCCUUUACCCUUUCGGCAGAGGCGGCGUAGAAAAACGGGCUAGCGGGAGGGUGCGAGUGAAAGAGAGUGAGAGAGAGAAAAGAGCGCAUGCGAUUUUUCGUUUUAAAAAAAAAAAACCCCCCGGGUUUCGGAUAAACUCGGUGUGCGUGUGCCGCCGCCGCGUGAGCGUUAUAUCGCCCGACGCGAUUUCGAGAACGCUCGUGCAGUAGUCGUCAUGCAGCAUCCCCGGGACCCGGCAAAAGACCAUCAGAGUACGUGAACACCGCACAACUUCUCUCUAUAUCGCGACACUAUAUUAUAUCCGUAGUACGCGACAUCCUGCCCCGGCACCGAGUACACAAAUAAUAUUAUCAUCACACACUUUAAUAUUAAGUCGUACACCGCACACUAUUAUCGUCAUCACGAUCGGGUUAUUUAUUUAUUUUUAAUUAUAUAAUAUUAAUUUAUCGUACAGAAAAACGUAUGGGUAUAUAUUUAUCGUUUUGAUUUGAUAAUACACAUCUGACGUAAAACAUUAGCACGUGCGAAAAGAGAGAGGCAGAAGAUAAAUUUCUAAGUCAAAAAUUAUUAAAAUAUAAUACGAGUAAAUUGGAAAAAAAAGAAACAGGUUUAUCGUCGUCGCAGUUCUCGUGUUUUUCAAGCGCGCAAAUCGUACAUAUUCUAUUUUAUAUUCUAAAAAAAAAAUUUGUUUUACUCGUUUGAGUAAACAUCGUUCGUUGUAUACCACGCAUAUUAUAAAUAAUAAUUAACAUGGAUGGUAAAAUAUCAUCGGUAUUUGAAAAAUACUUUUCGCCUUCCCCGUUGGUGAACCAAAUAAGGAAUUUUGUCAAUCGGCAAAUAGAUGAACAAAUGCCACAGAAUGUAAGCGCACAACCAACGGUAACGAAACACCACAGUAAUAAUGUAGUGAACGGCACCACUCCGAAACCCACAAUCAAUGAAAAACCAACGGAAAUCCAAGUACAUCCACAACCCACUCAGCCUACCGAUAGAAACUUAGUGCACGUUACUAAAGCACAAAUGAAAGAAUUUCAAGAAGCAUUUAGGUUAUUUGAUAAAGACGGUGAUGGCAGCAUCACUAAAGAGGAAUUGGGUCGAGUUAUGCGGAGUCUUGGACAGUUCGCUAGAGAAGAAGAAUUGGAAACAAUGUUACAAGAAGUCGAUAUUGAUGGCGAUGGAGCUUUCAGUUUUCAAGAGUUUGUGGAAAUUGUGUACAAUAUGGGUGGUACGGCAGAAAAGACAGCAGAUCAAGAGGAAAAAGAACUCCGAGACGCAUUUAGGGUAUUUGACAAACAUAACAGAGGAUAUAUAAGUGCGUCGGAUUUAAGAGCCGUCCUUCAAUGUUUGGGUGAAGAUUUAUCAGAAGAAGAAAGUAAUACUGUAGUAGGUACCUACUAUAAUAGGUAUUUUAUAUAUUACGCGAUUUCUAGAACAAUUUUUUCUCUUGCUUUAUUUAUUCUAGUUGAGGAUAUGAUUAAGGAAGUAGACGUGGACGGAGAUGGAAGAAUCGAUUUUUACGAGUUUGUGAAUGCUCUCGGAGAACCAGGAGAUGAUUAUGAUGAAAAUGAUGAAGAUGAAGAAGACAUUUAUCCUCAAUUGGACAUUCAAACAUAGUUUUGAAAAAUUGAAUGUCUUAAUAUUAUAAUAAGUUUAGUUAAAAUUGAAUUAUCAAAAAUGAUAACAAUAUUUUUUGUAAGCUUAGGUUAAAAUGUUAAGAACAUACCCAUUUUGUAAUUUCUAUCAGGAAUAAACACACCAAUAUCUGUUUUUGUUUUGCCAACUAAUGAUCUCUAUUAAGCCAAACAUAUUUUACUAUAUCAAUGUAAUACUGUAGUAUUGUUAAGUAAUUUAUGUCAUUUUCAAUGUCUAAUGUAUAAAUUAAUCGUUUAAUGGUACAAUCAGUAAUUCAACUUAAGACCCAAUAAUAUAUUUAAAAUAUAUUAUAUCAAUAAUUUUACUUCAUGUAUAAAUUUUAGUAAAAAGCAUUCAGUUAUAUGUUAUAAGUUGUUAUAACUAUUUAUUUAAGAAACUAUAAAAAUUAUCUAUUUACUUCCAUGGAAGGCAUUUAUAAAUAGAAAAUGUUAAGGUAACUUAAUUAAAACAAUAAUAUUAUGAACAAGUAUUUUUACUUUAAAAAAAUUACAUUAUUAUAUUGUCAGUAUUCUUUCAAAUACAAUUAAUUCAAAUUUGUGAAAUGUCCAUUCCUCAUUUAUGCUUUGUGAACUAAAAUUAAAUACAUUAAGAACCAGAAUACACUUAAAGGAAAUAGUCAGCUGCGUGUUUUUUUGUUGGCAUUCCUCGGUUUUCUUGUGGAGCUGCUUCAAA